AUGAACCAUCAUGAGCUGAGACUGAUGCUGGUGGGCAAGUCUGGAGCUGGGAAGAGUGCAUCAGGCAACACCAUCCUGGGUGAAGAAGCUUUCAGGGCAGAGGCAUGUUCAGCAUGUGGGACUACACACUGUGAGACUAAGAACAAAGUCAUGGAUGGAAGAAACAUCACAGUAAUCGACAAUCCUGGGUUGAUGGAAAUAUGGCACAGCGAACCUAAUUGUAUCUUCAGUCCCACUCAUCGUCCUCAUGUGUUCUUGUUGGUGAUUAAACUGGGGAGAUUCACAGAGGACGAGAUGAAUGUUGUGAUGUGGAUUCAAGAGGACUUUGGAGAGGUAGCUCUAAGGUUCACCAUGCUACUGUUCACUUGUGGAGAUCUACUAGGAGGAAAAUCAGUAGAAGAGUUUAUCAGUUACAAUGUUGUGCUUCAAGAUCUUGUAAACACCUGCAAGGGUAGAUAUCAUGUUUUUAACAACUAUGACAAAAGUAACAAAAUUCAAGUCACAGAGUUAUUUGAAAAGAUCCACCAACUGCUCUAUGACAGGAGCGGCUACACUCACACAAAAGAGGUGCUUCAGAAUAAUUGUGACAGAUUAUUAAACCUAAAAGGGGACAAAGGGGGAGGUUUGACCCAUUCUGGGGCUUUGCCGUUGGCAAGACCACAUUCUCAGCUGGAGACAGCAGACCAUGUUGGUUCAGGUGGGAUGCUGGUUUCACUCAUGACACGUCACUCAGGCGGCCUUAAGGCUCUGUCUGAACUCCAGGAUCAACUCUGA